AUGCCGGAUAAAGUCAAAUCAGGACAAAACUGUGCCAGGUGCAAAAACCCUUGCAAAACGGGAUUAAAAUGUAUUAAAUGUGGAGUACUUUCACAUAAUAGCUGUUUGGAAAAGAUCAGAAAUGUCCAAAUGCUCAAUGAUGGAUCAGUCAUAUGUUGUGCUGGCACUGAUGCUAGCUCACUAAAUAGUUCCCAGAAAGUAGCAGAACAACUCCCUGCCGCCGUAAUAGAACCGGGUAUUGAUGUGGACAAAAUAACUAUUAAAUUUUUAGAGAAGUUAAAUUUACAGAAAGAUCUAACUAUUAAAAAUCAAGAGAUCGCAAUAAAUGCUCUGAUCGAACAGGUCUCCCUACUUAAACAAAGAACAGAAGAACUUCUUAUUUUGGGUACAGUUUCUCCCACUACAGCGCAUGACGGAAACUGUGAGCAAAAGCAAACUGGCUUGCAAAGGCACAUAACUAACAAAGAUGCGUCCUUAGCUAUAAUGACAGCGCAAACAAGGAACACCUGCGGAGGUGUAAUUAAUCUGAAUAACGAUGUAAACCCACAUCGUAGAAAUAACUCAAGAAGAAUCCUAACGGGGAAAAAAGAAUCGUUAGAAAAUUGUCCGUUUAAAGCUGCAGUAAACAACGCCCAGUCACAUUAUCAUGUUACUAACAUGGGCCCCGACACUGAUCAAUCUGAACUGCAAAUAUACCUAAAAGGGUUCGCCCCAAAUGUGCAAGUCGUUAAAAUGAAUGCCAGAAGACCGGAUCUCUAUUCAUCAUUCAAAAUAUCAGUACCAAGAGAUGAAGCCGAACCCAUCUUAAAUUGUGAAAUAUGGCCCACUGACGUUAUCGCAAUAAUUGACAACGUUACCCAUAAUCGCUGGUAUUCUCGUUGUAUUCACGAAGUUAACCAUAUUUUUCGAAAUCCAUUAACACAAUCUUUGGAACAAGAGUGGGUUGGAAUGUUGCAAGAUAGGUUGGAAUUCAUGGUGCCAUAUCUGAAGAUAUCCAGUACGACUGGUUUUGAAUACCAAAUCGCUUGA